AUGCACCCGCUUGUGGUGCUGUCCGGUUCUUCACAUCCCGAGUUAGCUGACUUGGUGGCCCAGGGCCUGGGUAUCGGAGUGAGCAGGACUCUGCUUUCCAAGUUCGCCAAUGGGGAGACCAGGGUCCAUUUAAUGGACUCUGUUCGGAAUGCUGAUGUCUAUAUCAUCCAGACCAGUACCGAGCCCGUCAACGACAUGCUCAUGGAGCUGAUGAUAAUGGUGCAGGCAUGUCGUUAUGCAGCGGUCCACAAGAUCACGGUCGUGAUGCCAUUGUUCUUCUACUCCCGGCAAGAUCGUUUGGACUCUGGCGAUCAACCAAUUACGGCCAAAUUGGUGGCCAACAUGUUGGAGAUGGCCGGAGUGAAUCAGGUGAUCAGUCUUCAGUUGCACGCACCUCAAAUCCAGGGCUUCUUCGAUAUUCCCUGUGCGAAUCUUUCCAUGGAUGGGAUCUUUGCGGCUUGGAUAGCGAAAAACAUCCCCAACUACCAGGACAUGGUCAUAGUAACCCCGGAUCUGGGAGAAAUCAGACUGGCCGCGGACAUAGGUCGUGUACUGGGCAAUCAGGUGGCCAUGUUUCGAAAACAUAGACGCACAGCUGGUGAAAUCUCAGACAUGGUGUUGGUGGGUGAUGUCCGUGGGAAAUCGGCCGUAAUCGUGGAUGACAUGGUCGAUACGGGUGGGACUUUGUGCCAUGCCGCCCAACAAUUGAAGAGGAACGGAGCCUUGAGAAUCUAUGCCAUUGUGACCCAUGGCAUUUUCUCGGGCAAUGCCAUAGAAAAAUUCAGUGAUUCUCUUUUCGAUCUUGUCGUUUGCACCAAUACGGUUCCCCAAUCCUCUGAUCUGACCACCAAUCCAAAGUUUCGUGUCAUUAAUAUCGCAGAUAUGAUUUCCCAAUUUAUACUUAAAAUGAAGGCCAAUCAGGACACGGUUAAUCAGAAACAUUCGCAACACUGCUAG